AAAAAAAAGGGCAUGGUGGUGUGUACCUGUCAUUCCGGCAACCACAGGAAAUAUAAUUUAGGAGAAUUGUGGUCUAAGCUGACGUGGGCAGAAAGUGAGACCCUAUCUCCCAAAUAAUCAGAGCAAAAAGGUCUAGAGGCCUGUUGGUUCAUGUGAUAGAACACCUGCCUAGCAAGCAUAAAAAGUAGAAUUCAAACCCCAGUACUGCCAAAAGAAAAGGGAGAAAGCAACAGAUUUUAUAUUCUGGUAGUAGUGAGUUGUAGAUACAUUUGUUGAAAGAAUGAAAGAAUUUGAACUGUAUACUUGUCCCUAUGAGAGUAACCAUUAGGUUGUCAUUGAUGACAGUCUUAGAUGAUUGAUGGCCAUUUAUUGAGAAACUGAUGAUUUCAUUCAAGAGAAUUUUCAAGCUAUCAUUUACCUAACCAUUUAAGCAGUACCACUGUAUUAUUAUUCUAAAGCUUGAUGUUCCCACAUGUAUUUCAUCUGGCACUAUUAUAAAAGUUGAUUUAUGCUUGUGAAAAGUCACAGGUGGCACAGGGUUUAGCUAAAUUGGGAUUUAUAAUGUCAGUAUUAUUUAGAAGUCUCCUAUUGGGAGAUCAGACAUCCUCUUUUUAAAGUAAAGUUCCGUAGGUAAAAUCAUUUAGUAACUUAAAAAAUAGUUAACAUUUUGAUCUUAUAACUGUUCUGUAAUCUUCUUUCUGAGAUUAGCCUAAUUAGGGCAAAAAUAAUUUCAAAUACAGAUUUAGGAUUGUUCUCUAAGUUUCAGAUUUGAUCAGGCGGAUGCUCUGGAUUCCUUAGUUUAGAAAAAGGAUCAGAAGGAAUAGUAUGAAAUCAAGAAAGAAGCCUUUCUUGUGUACCAUUGAAGUCUUUGAUGUGAGCACUCAUGAUCGUGGAAGAUAUUUUCAAUAAAGGUACACUCUUUUGAGGAGUGAAUUCUUGGUUCUUCAUGCAGCCAUGGAUCUGGAUAAACCUUCUGUCUGGGGUUCAUUAAAACAGCGGACGAGGCCACUGUUAAUCAACUUGAGCAAGAAGAAGGUGAAAAAGAACCCAAACAAUCCCCUAGACUUAAGAGCACAGCAUCACCUGGACAGGCGCCUCAGUCUCUCUGUACCUGAUCUCCUGGAGGCUGAGGGCUUGGCCCCAGAGGGUCUGCCUUACUCUGGGCCCCAGUCUUCCUACACCUCAGUGCCCAACAGUCUGUCAACUGCAGGAAUCAUUCCCAAGAGUAGCAGUAGCUCCUUGAAGCAAUCUGAAGAAGAGUUAGAUUGGAGCCAGGAAGAAACCAGCCAUCUCCAUGGAGUGGAAACUGACUCAGAGGAGAUCUUUGCCUCUCCUGUGGAGCAGAGACGGGCAUCCAGCCAUGGCAUCUUUGAUCUCCAGAAACCUCCCCUUGGAGGUGAUGCACCAGAAGAGCCAGAGAGGUUACGUGGCAAUGGUAAUCUGAAUGCUUCUAUGACAUCUCAGCACUAUGAAGAACAAUCUAGUCUUGGGGAAGCCGGCGAUGGCUUGAGUAAUCUCCCCAGCCCUUUUGCAUACCUGCUCACCAUCCACCUGAAGGAAGGCCGCAAUCUUGUCAUCCGAGAUCGUUGUGGCACAAGUGAUCCUUAUGUGAAAUUUAAGCUGAAUGGGAAGACACUGUACAAAAGUAAAGUCAUAUAUAAGAAUUUGAAUCCAGUUUGGGAUGAGAUCGUUGUAUUGCCAAUACAAAGCCUUGAUCAAAAGCUACGUGUGAAGGUGUAUGAUCGAGAUUUAACCACAUCUGAUUUCAUGGGCUCUUCAUUUGUCACUCUCAGCGAUCUUGAGCUUAACAGAACCACCGAACAUGUUUUAAAACUAGAAGAUCCAAACAGUUUAGAAGAUGACAUGGGAGUGAUUGUGUUAAAUUUGAAUUUAGUUGUCAAGCAGGGUGAUUUCAAGAGACAUCGUUGGUCAAAUCGGAAACGGUUGAGUGCCAGCAAG